AUAGGAUACACGCUUCAGCGCCAUCCAUUUUCAGGGCUUGUUCAUUCGGCAGCUGAGCUGUUACACACUCAAGCGGAUCCCGGCUGUUUAGACAAAUUGACACCUUCUGCGGUGUCUGAUGAGCGUGUAUUUCGACAUCUUAACACCACGUUCGGUCCAUCCCUCAUCGCCAGUUCUGCUUACCAAAAGUGGCCCAUUGAAAGCUCUUCAUUCGAAUGUCCAACGCACUUCUUUACAUGUUCAAAGUUUGAGAAUAGGUCAAUGUCAUCUCAAACCCCGGCUUCAAGUCAAUAG